GAUACAUGUAUCAUAAACGUGAGUGGUUUAACCUUGGAAACUUUGCCACCUCUUCUCCCACUCUCAUCUCUCUAGAGCCGUCAAUCCAAUUCUCUCUCUUUAAAAAAUCACUUGAAUCAGAACCAAUUUACACGCGCCGCCACUCACCACCUCCAAUAAAAUCGUCAGUCACACAUCGCAGUCCCAUAAUUUCUCCUCCACCCAUUCAAGAAUCAGCAUCGGAAUAACAAAAAGAGAGAUCUGUCAGAUUCAUCAAUCCACCUUUUUGGGAAGCUAAACCCAAUACAUAAAAACUUUUCAACAAAAUCGAGUUUAAUUUAUGAAUCGAACUCACUCAACCAUUAAAAGAAUUACAGAUGGGAGUAGUAACAUCAUCAAUCGCUGCAAAACUCGCUUUCUUCCCACCUACUCCACCGUCUUACACGGUAGUCGGCGACGCUUCCGGCAACGGCAAACUAUUUAUUCCAGAGGCUCCCAGGAGAGAAGGUGUCGACGUAUUGAAGCUUCGAACUAAAAGAGGAAACGAAAUAGUCACUGUUUAUAUCAAACACCCUAAAGCUUGUGCCACCCUUGUUUAUUCUCAUGGUAAUGCCGCCGAUUUGGGACAGAUGCUCGAGCUUUUCGUCAAAUUAACUCAUCGUCUUCGCGUUAAUGUUGUUGGCUAUGACUACUCUGGCUAUGGACAAUCAAGCGGAAAGCCUUCUGAGUGUAAUACAUACGCCGACAUUGAAGCAGUAUAUAAAUACCUCAAGGAGAAAUACAAAGUCAAAGACAAUGAGCUAAUCUUGUAUGGUCAAUCUGUUGGUAGUGGGCCCACCAUUGAUCUUGCCUCACGUGUAUCUGGCUUGAGAGGCGUUGUUCUUCAUAGCCCUAUCCUCUCAGGGUUAAGGGUACUCUACCCUGUCAAAAGAACCUAUUGGUUCGAUAUUUACAAGAAUAUUGAGAAGAUUGGUUUGGUGAACUGUCCGGUUUUGGUGAUUCAUGGAACAGCAGAUGAAGUUGUUGAUUACUCUCAUGGAAAGCAGUUAUGGGAGCUUUGUAAGGAUAAGUAUGAACCACUGUGGCUAAAUGGAGGUGGGCAUUGCAAUCUUGAGCUUUAUCCUGAGUUUAUUGUACACUUAAAGGAGUUCAGUUUGGCUCUUGGAAGGAAAUAAUGGCUGUAAAGAAUAGUUUAGAUGGUAGACUUAAGCAAGUGUUAACAUCAUUAUGUAAGAAAAUGUUACCUUUUUUUUCAGG